GCAAUGUGGGGUUCAUACUUCCUGCUGGCGGUGCUGACUGGGAGUGUAGACCUGGUCCUGGGGUUCAGUAAUGGGAAGGUGAGUAUUGCCUGUGGAGACAUGGUGCCUCAGCAUGGUCACCAGCCCAGACCUGAGCCUCCUCCAUACAGCAUCACUGUGGAUACGCCCACGUUUAGUCCACAUGACAACAUCACAGUAACGUUACAAGUGGCCUCGUCCAAACACUCGUUCUUUAAAGGGUUCCUGAUAGAAGCUCGGGAUGCUGGGAACAUGCAGCAGCACUCUGCAGCAGUUGGUGUCUUCAUCCUGACGGACCCACAGGAGUCCCAGCUGCUACAGUGUAGCCACACUCAGGGAUCUGGGGUGAGCCACAGAAGAAGCACAAAAAAGACUCAUAUUCAGGUUUUAUGGCAGUCUCCUGAAAACCCUCCACAAAAAGUCCAGUUUCUUGUUACAGUGGUGCAUGAGUACAAAGUGUACUGGGUGAGGAUUGCAGGUCCUGUGGUGUCUCUGAGAGGAGCGACUGCUGUUCCUUCAACUGUUCCUGUUAAAACCACCGAGUCCUCUGCUCUGUCCACACCGUUUAGUUCAGUGGGAUGUGGCCUCAGUAAGUCCUGCCUCAGAGACCCAGUGGGAUGUGAUCCAGAGUCAGAUCCUCACUGUUUCUUCCUCUCGUUCAGCACUGAUGAAGAAGGACAGAGUGUGGUGUUUGAACAUAGCGGUCCUGCUGACGGCUACUUGUCCUUUGCCCUUUCUCUGGACAAAUGGAUGGGGAACGAUGACGUCUACCUGUGUGUGAAUGAUGGAGGCAGGGUAACCAUCAGUCCUGCAUCUGUCUCUGGACGAACACAACCUGAGCUGACAACAGAGGAGGAUCUGUGGGGUCUGGCGUGGAGGUUGGCUGACGGGGUCAUCCAGUGUCGUUUCCAUAGAAACAUCGUCCUUCCUGAGGCGCAGGGCAGGUUCAACUUAAACCAGAGCUACUUCCUGUUUCUUGCACAUGGUAGAGCUGACCAGGGUGUAAUCUACAAACACCAUCGCCAACCAUUGAUCUCCACCUAUCAGAAGGUAAUCACUGGACACCCAGAGGAUCUACUCGGCUCCCGCUCCCCCUUGCUGAUCAAACUCCAUGGUGUGUUGAUGCUGACUGUGUGGAUGUGGAUGGUGAGCACAGCCAUCUUCAUCACUCGCUUCUACAAACAGUCUUUCUUGCUGGGACAAAGGCUGUGGUUUCAGCUCCAUCGGACCAUCAUGGUCUUGGCUGUGGUCCUAACUGGUGUGGCUUUCAGCCUGCCUUUCAUAUACAGGAAGGGAUGGAGUAAGUGUGCAGGCUCACACCCUUACAUAGGCUGCACCGUCAUGGCUCUGUCUGUCAUUCAGGUAAUUAUGGGAUUUGUCAGACCAGCCCUGGAGUCCCCCAGGAGGAUCGUCUUCAGGUGGAUGCACCUCAGUACAGGCACUGUUUGCCAGAUACUCGCUGUGGCUUGUGUGUUCUUGGGGACGGCCCAGCAGGCGUUGCUGAUACCCAGACAACGGUCUGUUGCGUUGCUGACUGGAUGGUUGCUGUGGAUCGUGCUGGCAAACUUGCUGCUACUUAUUCAUUCCUCCAGACUUUGGAGUAGAGAUAACAGCAACAGUGAAGACAAAGAGAAGAUUUUAUUUGCCCAGUUAGAGAGAAAUCAUGGAGAGAGAUCCAUUUUCAAGAGGGUUGUGUUCGUGGUGUUCUUCGUGGGGAACACAGGGUUCCUGGCUGCAUUUAUAAAAGCUAUUGCAAGUGUAUAAUUAUCACAAAUUAUUAAAUAUGAUAAUCUCUCCUAA